AUGCUUCUCCCAACAGACGCCCCUAUCAUAGAAGAAGAUGAUACGGUCGGCGAGCGGCUCGACAACGAGAUAUCCUCACUUCGGGAACAAAUCCUUGCUCUCAAAGCCCAACGAAAACUCCAGGCAUCAACAAUUCUCUCCUCCCGCCACACCCGCGUAACCCUGACCCGCCUCCUCGCCUCCCAAAAGGCCCCCUCCUCUCAGUCCUCCAUCCCAGCAGACGCCGACCCCCUUCUCGCAGCCUCCACCGCGCAGCUGGCCCACAAACAAGAGAACCUGUAUCGGACAUGCGCAGGCAUCACCACCUUCCGCGUCCAGGAUCCCGAUCCAAACUCUGUCGACGGUGGCAAUGUGCUGGGCAUCAGGAUCGACGUGUCGAGCACAGGGAGAUUCAUACGCCCCUAUUACGUUAUGCUGAACAAACCCUGGAAGGGCUCUGCACUGCUCCGUGUGCAUCGACAUACCUUCCCCCCGGCAAUUCCGCUCGCGGCAUUAGCAGAGAAACAUCUACCUCACGGAAAGGGCAGCGUAGCCAUGUCUGCCCCAGACGGGGCGGGGAAGAAGCAGGAUCUUCGUCGUUUCGUUAGAGCCCUGCGAAGAGAGGUGAUGGGCUAUCAUAAUCGAGUGGCCGUAAUAAAGAGUCUGCGGCGGGAGUUCAAGCUUGAUGAGAAGGUCUCGAAGAAGGGGAAGGGCAGGGAGAGGGUAAUUUCUGAUAUCAGCGCUGCUGACGCGGAGGCCAAGCAGGUGCGGAUUGAGUGGGCGGAUGGUAGGAUUGGACGCGCGGUGGUGGACGAGAAGGGGGAGAUGAGGAACUGUGUUGUUAUUGGAGAGGAUGGGCGGGAUAGGGAGACGGAGAGAAGAAUUUCGAGUGGUUCUAUGCAGGGUAUUGGAGAGAGAUUGAGGGAGAGUAUGUAUUGA